CGAACGUCAUCGGCUUUCUUUGCUUUGCUGUUGAGCACGAGUUAGGAAUUCUUUUGCCUUUGGGCCCGAGUAAAUAAGAUUGAUUUGGAAACAACCAGUGCAGAACGAUGCCGCAGUUACACGUACGUGGAUUAAACAGUCACGUCCUGGAGGUUAUUCCGGGACAGAGUGUCGGCGAUGUGAAACAAAUGCUCGCCCAGGCCGAGUCAUUCGACCCGGCGGUUCCGCUUGUGCUCUGGUGCGAGGGACAUAUGCUGACCGAUGAGCAAUCGGUGCUGGAACUGAGCUCAAACGAGCUGGACCUGACCGUCGGACUGCUGGGUGGCAAGGUGCACGGUUCGCUUGCCCGUGCCGGCAAGGUCAAGGGCCAGACGCCAAAGGUGGAGAAAAAGGAGAAGAAAAAGAAGAAGACCGGCCGUGCCAAGCGACGCAUCCAGUACAAUCGGCGUUUCUCGUCGGUGGUGCAGGCCUACGGUAGACGCCGUGGACCGAACGCCAACUCGGCCUAAGACUUCCCGCAAGUGUCCGCUCUUCGCGCUCUUGUAACUGAGCGCCCGACAACCAAGUUACGAUUUGUUCAAUAAACAGCAUUUGUUGCGUUUGCUCGUCCGUAACUGGAGAUCCGGAUCCGCUUUCACUCGACGGUUCCGGGGGAGUACAACACAGAA